AUGACAGGGCUUCAUGUCCGCUCCCUUCUCGUCACUGGGGCCAACCGGGGGAUCGGCCUGGGGCUUGUCCGACAUUUCCUGGCGAUGACAAACCCACCCAAGUGGGUCUUUGCGACUUGUCGGGACCCCAAGGGAGAGCGGGCACAGAAGUUACAGAAUUUGGCCUCCAAGCACCCCAACCUGGUCAUCAUCACGCUCGAAGUCUCCGACCCCGCCAGCAUCAAGGCGGCCGCAGCCAGAGUCGGGGAGCAGCUGGGGGGCUCGGGGCUGAACCUCCUCAUCAACAACGCUGGAGUAGUCAAUUUGAACACUCUGGAUAACGAGACGCUGGAGGACAUGACCCAGGUUUACACCACCAACACGGUUGGGCCUCUGCUGAUGGGCCAGGCGUUCCUGCCCUUGCUGAAGAAGGCUGCCCAGGGGAGCCCAGGCUCAGUGCUGAGCUGCAGCAAGGCAGCCAUCGUCAACAUGUCCAGCAUUGGGGGCUCCAUUCAGGAACUCUAUUUAUGGGAUCAGGCAAACGUUGUCUCCUAUCGCUGCAGCAAGGUUGCUCUGAACAUGCUGACCAAGUGCCAGUCCCAGGGGUACCGGGAACACGGCAUCCUCUGUGUUGCUCUCCACCCCGGCUGGGUGCAAACCGACAUGGGGAGCGCAGCCGGACACACGCACAGAGCGGGUGGACGGUGA